UUAACUCUUCCAGAACUACUGCAUGUGAAACAGUUUACCAUGGCUCUCCUACCAAGGAUGGACAACCCCAUCUGUGUGAUUGAGAAUAGUGCCGAUAAUCGGUUGAGUGUAAAUGAGAACGCCCAAACAAUCCUUGCACAGAUCACACAACCACUGGUUGUGGUUUCCAUUGUGGGGCCCUACAGGACUGGAAAAUCAUAUCUACUUAACAAAUUAUCAGGGCGGCAAGGAGGUGCUUUCUCCGUGGAUCCCACAAUUAAGGCACAUACCAAAGGCAUUUGGAUGUGGUGCAUGCCACACCCAAUAAAAAGUGAUCAUACCUUAGUACUUAUGGACACAGAAGGACUGGGAGACCCAGAGAAGGGAGACAAGGACAAUGAUUGUAUGAUCCUGUCAUUGGCUAUGCUCAUGAGUAGUGCUGUCAUCUACAACAGUAGUGGGGUCAUCAAUCAGGAUGCCCUGGAGAAAUUAAACUCUACAUUAAAUGUAUAUAUCGAGAUUGUACACAAAGCCUCAUUUCAGAAGAUGAAAGCCCAGAGUAAGGAAGAUACAGGCAACAUGGCACCUUUCUUUGUUUGGGUCAUACGGGAUUUUACUCUUAAGUCAGUCUUGGAUGGACGCUCAGUCACCGCUGAUGAAUAUUUGGAAAACUGUCUAAAGGAUGUCCGUAUGUACUAA